GAUUUUGCUGUGUUUGAAGUUUGAACUUGGUAACUUUAGUGUGUACUGUGUAUUACAGUUUUCCUUUUAAUUUUUAUAAGAUGGCAGCAGAAAUUAAACCAGCUCCUAGGACACCUAAUGACCGAUUUUCUACUACUAAGAAACCGGCGUUGUUGAGUAAAUUAGAAGGUUGCACUGACGACGUUAAUGCUGCCGUUGUAAUACCUGGUGAGGAUGGAGUAAUUAGUGUUUGCGAUGAUAAAACUGUUCGAGUAUGGUUGAAAAGAGACUCCGGGCAAUAUUGGCCCAGUAUUUGUCAAUACAUGCCGUCUGGCUGUACUUCAAUGUUUUACACCCCUGAAACUAGGCAGCUUUUCAUAGGGCAAGAGAAUGGAACAAUUUCAGAGUUCACAUUAGCUCAAGAUUGCAAUCGGAUAAAUCCUACUAGGGAAUACUUAGCACAUACAGCAAGAGUAACAGCUGUAAAUUUUUCAUUGAAUUGUGAGUGGGUUUUAUCCGUAAGCAGAGACAAAAUGUUCUCAUACCACUGUAGUGAAACCGGUCGCAGAAUCGGUGGCUAUUCAUUUGAGGCCUGGUGUACAGCAUUGCAAUUUGAUUCAGAAUCAAAAUAUGCCUUCAUUGGAGAUUAUAGUGGACAAAUAACAUUGCUAAAAUUAGACAAUAAUGGGGCAGCGUUGGUUACAACAUUAAAAGGACAUACAGGUUCUGUACGAGUACUGAACUGGGCUCCAAUACCUCAACUCCUGUUCAGUGGUUCCUUUGAUCAGAUAAUCAUCGUGUGGGACAUUGGCGGACAAAAGGGCACUGCAUAUGAAUUACAAGGGCAUAGUAAUAAGGUAACGGGUCUAUGGUAUGUCGGUGGUUGCCAGCGGUUGAUAUCCUGUGGGGAGGACGGUGCUCUUGGUGUUUGGGAAAUGGGAGUGCCGAGGAAGGAGACUCCUACCUGGAAGGAGUCAGAUAUUUGUCAGCUGUGUCGAGCGCCGUUCAUAUGGAACGUUCGAGCAAUGAUGGAGAAGAAACAACUAGGGCUGCGUCAGCACCACUGCCGCUGGUGCGGCGCCGCAGUGUGCGGUGCGUGCUCGCCGCACCGUCUGCCGCUCCCUGUCAUGGGCUUCGAGUUCCCUCAGCGACUGUGCACCGUCUGCUUCGACACGCAGCGUCACGAACCGCGUGAGUCACUGGCGUCGUUUCACGAUAUGAAGCACGCGGUCGCGUCCCUGUACGUCGACGAGGCGACGGGUCGCAUGUGUACCGCCGGCAAGGACAGAGUUAUAAAGGUCUGGGAUAUAAGCGUUUUGGUGGCUCCAGCUCCGAAACCAGGCACCAGCGAUCAGUAGUCAACGGCUGAGCAGAGCGUCUUCACCACAAACUCUGGUUUGUAACCCCAGCUCUUCAGCGCACCAACAUAAUGGUCUCACUUGUCGUCAAAAGCCCGGAACAUUACAUCGUGUCAAAAUCAAAGUUCUUUAUUCAAACCUUAGUAAAUUUAUACGUCUAGAUUAGAUAAGAAUCUUUCUGCUAGACAACCGCUUAAAACAGGCCAGGUUUAUUGAAUUAAUGUACGUAAAAAGCUAUAUCUCACACUAUGUAUGUCACUUUGUGUUAGUGUGCGUGCGUUUGUCAAAAUGGAGGUUAACUGUCAAUGAAAUUUUCGAGAUUUUGACAGCUGUCAUUCUAGACGUAUAAAUGACAUAAGAUUCAAAAGUUCGUGUGAUAUUCUGUGACAUGUCCGUUUUCCCUCACAUGAUUUAUGUGUCAGCAAAUUCUGUGUUAUUACAAAAGAGUUGAAGAUUUUCUGAACACUCAUUUUAAAAAAGUUCUAUUACAAAUCUGUGUAUUUCUGUUGUUUAACGUUAAACAAUCGUUAGUCCUUACUUAUAUUUAAACACGAGUCGAAGCGUGUCUAACGGAUAGUUUAUAUUCAAGGAAGAUUUAGAUUAUAUGAUGACAGCUGACAAAAAUUCUUUCGUUUUACUUGUUCCUGGAAACAGUUUAAUAAUUCGUUAGAAUUGAAAAAACGUGGGUUACAUGUUUCUUUUAUAAAAACAUUCUUGACUCGAAAUAUUCAGUCAUGUUUGUAUGUUAUUUGCUUUAACGACGUUUUAGUUAAACACAAGUUAAACACUGUUUUGUAAUAGAAAAAGGUAAACUCCACUUUAGACAACGUUUAAAUAGUUAGACACUGUUUAACAAAACACGUGUCUGAGCCAAGUUUAAAUAUUUUUUUGUAAUAAUAAACACCGUAUGUGUUUAAUCUAUUUAUUUCCAGUUAGUCAUGUUGUUAGCUGGGUGAUAUUUGGUCGAGCAUUGCCCCAUGAAUGUUUUGAAUGUUUAGUCAUACAGCAACCAUACUAAAAUUUAGGAAGUUUUGAAGGCAUUAUAUUGUUCAAGACUAAAGAUCUUCAUUCUAAUUUUUUACUAAGUAUAUAUUAUAUUCUUAUUAAUCAAAACUCGUAUUAAAAGCUUUAAUCAUGAGAAUUGGCCCCAGUAGCCGUUGCAUCUCUUGACAUUCAUCUAAAUUUUCUUAAAUGAAUAUAUAUAGAGGAUUUUAUAAAAAAAAAUACUUUUAAUGAUAAACUUUGUAAUGUUUCAGAAAUUCUCCUUUGUUGAUAUUUUUCUUAGUGCGUUGCUGAAAAUAGAGGCUAACAGUUGGCCGCUAUUUUUAUCGUAAUGUUCACAGCUGUCACAGUCUUCUGGAUGUAUAAAUUAUCUAAGAUAUUUUUAAAUAAUAGCAUUACACUCCCGCUUGUUGACUUACAUCACAGAUUCUAAAUAUACAGGGUGUAAAAUAUCAAGGAACUCCUAAAACAGGCCAAUUGCUAUCAGAUAAUUACGAAAAUAUUUUAAAUUAAAAACAAAUCACUUGAACGAGGUAUGGCGGUUUAUAACAAGUUAUAUUUAUAUAAUUUAAAUAAAAAUAUUUCUUUUUAUUCUUUAGAAUUACUGCCACAUCAAUAUUUUUCAUGAUAUUUUGUGCACGAAAAAUAUAUUUUAUUCAAAUUUUUUAAAAGUGCUUUUUUUCUUGAAAAUUUUAAUAUUUGUAAAGCGAUGCAAGUCGGGUCAGGGCGAAUUUUAUGUAUAAGAGUGGCUGAAAAUGUUAUAUUUUUAACCAAUCCUCUACGCUUGUUUGUUAAUAUGAACUAUGACGUCACUGUCAGUGUUUACCAAAUAUAUAUAUAAUAUUUUAUAAAAAAAAAUCUUGAGUUUCUCUUUGAUGUUUAAUUUUCUUUCAUAAUUAUAUAGACACUUAAACUAUCGAAUAAAAAUAUAAUAAACACAAUUAUAUUUCCUAGCUAAAAUCGUACAUGGAACUACUGUAACUUUUUAAUACCAGUAAUAAUUUUAUUCUAAAUAUUGAAUUUAACUCUUCAAUAUAUUGAGUGCUAAGAUAUUCAGAUUGAUUUUUCUGUUUACAAUCUGUUCGUUUAAGGGAGCUAGUUGGUCACACCCUGUAUAGUGUGAUAAGUCACUGGAUGUACGGAGCGGGAGCGGACGUAGCAUUAUUAACUUGAUUAGGCGUUAGUAAAUGUUGUUAGACGAUGUUUAAUUGAUGUUUUUGGUCCAACGAGUGUAUUCAAUUCCUUGUUAUUGUCUAUGUCUAAGACUGAUGUAAUCUUCGUAUAGUCGCGUUUUAAUAGAUUUCAGCACGAUUUACAGCGAAUCCUAAUCUUGUUUGGCGAUCUUUUAUUUAGUUGUAUAUGUUACUGGGCAAGUUGUUAAUCGGGCACUAUUGAUAAUGCCCAGAAAUUGUGAAUAAUGACAAGUCAACUUAAUCAUGAAUUGUUAAUGAAACUUUAAUAUGACUGAAAUACUGAAAGUGGAUAGGCGACCUUUAGCUGGACCGCCAUUGUUCUUUGGAUGUGGGCAAAGCCUUGAGUCGGCUCCAUGUGGAGACAGGACAGAAAACACAGACGUGAAUGUUCACGUCUGUGUUUUCUGUCUUGUCAUAGGAUAAAUAUAUAGGGAAAUAUUGCUUCAUUUUAAGUUGUAGAGAACAAAAUGUCAGAUUUCGCUAAUAUUUCACCCAUGAUAAAUAUAUGAUUCGCACAUUUCGCAUAAUAGGAAGAGGUAAGGCGAUGUAAUGCAACAAGAAACUUCUUUGCUGGACCCAGGAUUUAAAAAAAUCGACAGUAUUGAAGAAUUAUGUGAUCUUUAAUCGCGUAUAAUUUAAGUUCAAUACUAAUCCUCUUGUAAUUAAAUUAUAGAAGAUCGCUACUAACAAAAUGGUUUACCAUCUCUGGCACAGUUUAUAUAUGGGAACAUUGCUGGACAAAAUCGGUAAUUUUAAUAAAUUCAUCGAAGCCAUUCCAACACUAAAGUAAUUUUGAUAUAUAUAUAUAAUAACAUAAUGAAUAAUACCAUAUUAUUGCCUAUUGAAUUGAAGAUUCUUCAAACUGGGCAAUAUUAAUAUUGCCGUAUUAACCGCUUGGUCCGUAGCAUAUACACGACGGCUUCAAGAGUCUUACGAUUAAGCUAUUGUUUAUUAGUGAUGUCGUUAGUGUCGGUACGUCGUAAGUAAUCAUAGAUCUUACAUUAUUUAAUGUUAUAAGUUGUUAUUUUAUCGUAAUAUCAAAUUAUAAUUUUGUUAUAUCGUAUGUUUCUUAUAUUUAUGUUAAGGCUAUCAAAAUGUAUUGUUUUUAUAAUUUCAUUGAAAAUGAAAAUUGCAGAAUUUUUGCCUUAAGGAAAGGUUGAGUUUUCUUUUGUCAAAUAUAAAUGGUACACAAAAUAUAUUUAAAAAAUAAUAUCAUAAAAGUACUUUAAGAAUAUUUGUCUGUGUGUCUAUAUGUAUGUCUAGGCAAAACGCAAAAACUACUGAAUAGAUUUAAUUUGAUUUUUUUAAGAUUAUUAAAAAGAGGUUAGGACAUGAUAAAGGCUACAUAUGGCACAUCCAUAAACUUUUUUUUGGUUCUUUAUAGCGUCGACGAACGAUGUCGCGGGCAGUAGCUACUCAAUCAUAAAAUAUAAUAUUUUGUGCAAAACCAAACGUAACGACUUCUGUAAUUUAGACAAAUAGAAGUGUUUCAUUUUGAUACUGAAUAUGAGGAUAUAAAUGUUUUUAUCUACACCCAUGCUUUAAAUCCUUUACUAAAGAUUCAAAAACAGUUAGCUUAUUGCCAACAUUAAAACACCCAAUGUCCUAAUAACCAUUACAUCAUCCAAACGAGUGUUGUAAUGAAGUCCAGUACAAAGUUAAAUCAUUUUUUUUUAUUUUCUAUUUCAGAAACAAACGGUUAUACAAAACUUUUAACAAUUUAUACUUAACAAUACUGAAAAAUCUAUAAUUUCCUUUAUUUUUAAACAUAAUGAACUAGAUUUGCGCUACAUAGAGGUAAUAUUAAACAAAAUUCGAUACUUGACAUAAAAAUGAAAUAUACUUAUAUAUAAAGAGAUAGAGGUUAUUAUAAUGAUACAAAUAGAUUAUAGCAUUAAAUUAACAAAUCAAGAAAGAGUUUAUAUAAAUCAUCCUUUUUUCAUAAUAACACUCCUUUGGAUGAUAUUAUGGUUACUAAGAUUGGCUUUUUUAAUGUUAGUAGUAAGCUAACUGUUUCAGAAUCUUUUAGAGUAUUCCUAUUAUAAUGGGUAUAGUUAAAGUCUUGUAUUCACAUAUUGAACCCACAUUCGUGUUUUAAUACCCCUUAUUACACAACAGUUGCAUAAAUAACGAAAAAAAUCACAAUCGCCCUUUACAGUUUCUAAAGAAGGAUUGUAAUAAAAUGAACAUUUUAUUUGAAA